AUGGACUGGCCCAUGGAGGGCACGGAUUGGAACGAAUCCAACCUAAACAGCUUCAACUUCGAGGAGCGUUCUACCACGGUCCUACAGAAACGAGACUCUGACACGACACUAGUCAAAGAGACGCUGGAAGGCCAAGACUGGGAGAGUUGGAUUGACAAGACACAGGACGCCAUAUCCGCCGGAAACGGCCUUUACGUCGUACUCUUUAGUAGGGCGGAGCCCGUCUUCGAGGGGAUACCCGCACCCGUCUCGUGUAUCCCCGUCACGAAGGACGUAUGGAAAACACUGAUAAAGUUAUUUCGCGUUCAUCGAAGUAUAGCGAGGACGAUAGCUAGGAUGGCCACGUUCGUUGCGUCAGAUUACGAGCAGGAGGACGAGUCGGCGGAAUGCAAUAUAUUUUUCACCGCCAGGAUGUCAACGCAUCUCAACGGAGACUUGGCAUUGUCACUUACCUAUAUUCCGAGCACAGAAUCGACACUCGCUGUCAUGUAUGGGUGCAGCCCGCGCCAGAUACAGGAAAUCGAGAAGCGCAUUCGGGCCGCGGGAGAAAGGACAAAGUAUCCACUGCUUAUGCUCGGCAUAUUUGCUGAACUAGAGCGACAUGUUCUCUCAGCUAUGGUGGAAAGCCUCCUCGGUAAGUUUGUCCUGCGAGCCACCCGUCUCGAGACUGGAUCCUGGGAUCCGUCCCAGGAUCUGACCAAAGAGAAAACCCAAGAUCAGCUGCGGAUGUGCAUAGAGAGUAUGAAUCUCAAAGACCACAUUCGGGGAGUGAAGCGGCAAAUAUCGAAGCUCUUAGCCGAGAUGGACCAAUUCGAAGACCAUUUUGUUUCCCACGGAGGUGACGACGGAGGGCAUAAAGCGCUCUGGUUCAAGAGAGUGGGCCUGGAGAUGAAGAAGAGGCUCAAGGACAUUAUGAACGACUACGAAGAGAAAAUAGACGAGUGCAAUAUGAUCGUCGAAAAUAUAACGCUGGCCGCGCAAACGGUGUGGAAUCAAAUUGCGAUGCAUGAUUCGGAACUCAACACUCGGAUCGCGCGGGCGAACACGACGAUCGCCCUAGAAACGAAACGGGAGAGCACCCAGAUGAGGUCGAUCGCAUUGCUGACCAUGAUAUACUUGCCCAUCUCUAGCGUCGCGACCGUGUUCUCGAUGAACCUUUUUAACUGGGAGGCCGGAGACGGGGAACCGGUUGUCUCGCAUUAUAUAUGGGUGUUCAUCGUUUUCGCCGUAGGGUUUACGGCGAUUACUCUGAGCGUGUGGAUUUACCUGACGCGGCGGCACGAGAAGGAGGAGAGGAAGAUCGCCGACAGAUACCAGGCCUUAGAGCUUCAGAGUAAGAUGGCCUAA